CCUUUAUAAAAUUCUGAAUUUUGUUCGGUUUUCUAUGUCCGAAGUUUAGACCGGAGAUUUUUCCGGUUUGGCAUGUCAAUCUCAAAUAAUCUGAACCAUUUUGGUCAGUCUGUGUGUGUGGCAAAAAGCAAAAGCUCGAAAACGAAAUCCAUUUUCCCAUUUUCCAGUUGUAGUUACCAGCUUCUAUAUUGAAGAAAGGUCCACGGCAAUAUAGUAAACCUUAUGGCAUACGCAACAGGAGUGACCCCUGCUUCAAGGACUAUCUUCCCUUUUUGUUCCAGAACCUUGUUAUCUCCCUUACGUGUCGCUUCUGUACUUGAAUCAUCCUCCUCCACUUUCUUCACAAGGGUCCAAGUUCAUCAGCUUUUCUCCACUUCUAGACCUCCUCUCUUCGUCUCCUCUGCUAAGUGUUCUACUGGGAAUCAAGCUGCUUCUCGCCCUAAUGUAGUCCAUAUACUCGAAGAAAGAGGACUCCUGGAGUCAAUCACCAGCGACAAUCUCAGGUCCGCUUGUUCUGAUCCCAACGUAGCUCCUCUAAAGGUCUACUGCGGGUUUGAUCCAACGGCUGAGAGUUUACACUUGGGUAACCUGCUUGGUAUCAUUGUCCUUUCUUGGUUCCAAAGAUGUGGACACCAAGCCGUUGGUUUGAUUGGUGGUGCCACUGGCCGCGUUGGUGACCCAUCUGGCAAAAGCCUUGAAAGACCUGAGCUUGACGCCCUAACAUUGGAGAAAAACAUCGCCGGGAUUAGAAACAUCCUCAUCAAGAUUCUUGGUGGGACUCAGAGCUCUGCUAGCUCUUAUGUAAUUUUUAAUAACUACGACUGGUGGAAAGACAUGACGAUGCUAGAGUUUCUGAAAAACGUUGGUCGGUAUGCUAGAGUUGGACCAAUGAUGGCGAAGGAGAGUGUGAAGAAGAGGUUAGAAUCAGAGCAAGGUAUGAGCUACACCGAGUUUACUUAUCAGUUACUGCAAGGAUAUGAUUUUGUUCACUUGUUGGACAAGGAAGGGGUCAAUGUUCAGAUAGGUGGGAGUGAUCAGUGGGGUAACAUAACAGCUGGAACUGAUCUGAUCCGUAAGAUUCUCCAAACCGAAGAAGCUGCUUACGGGCUAACGUUUCCUCUCCUGCUGAAAAACGAUGGGACUAAGUUUGGAAAAUCGGAAGAUGGAGCCAUCUGGCUAUCUCCUUCCAUGUUAUCACCUUAUAAGUUCUAUCAGUACUUCUUCUCAGUUCCAGACGUUGAUGUGAUACGCUUCUUAAAGACUCUAACCUUUCUGAGUUUGGACGAGAUCAAGAUGUUGGAAGAUGAGAUGAGGAAACCUGGGUAUGUCCCUAACACCGCGCAGAUGAAACUUGCUGAAGAAGUAACCAGAUUUGUACAUGGGGAAGAGGGUUUGAAGGAAGCCAUGAAAGCAACAGAGGCUUUGAGACCAGGAGCUGAGACAAAGCUUGAUUGGAACUUGAUUGAGAGAAUUGCAGAGGAUAUACCAACUUGCUCACUUCCUGUUGAUCGAGUCUCUGGUGUUUCUAUUGUGGAUGUAUCUGUUUCAGCAGGGUUGUUUGAGAGCAAAUCUGCAGCAAGGAGAAUGUUGAAGCAAGGUGGAGUUUAUAUGAACAAUGAGAGGGUUGACGAUGAGAAUAAGAGAGUUGAAGAGGGAGACAUCGUUGAAGGAAAAGGUCUUGUUCUCUCUUCAGGCAAGAAGAACAAAGUAGUCAUCAGAGUUUCCUAAGAAUUUUUUUUUACAAAAAUGUUGUAUUAUUUGAUUUAAGUUUUCACCAGUUUACGGAAUAAAACCUUUGAAUUAAAUACCAUGAAACCUUAUUGGAGAA